AUGUUCACCUACAGCCCUCUGAGCCGCGAAAAGCGCGAGACUCGUUUCUUCCAAUUUACUCCCACCUGCCAGUCGGGCUCCGGCCACAUCAGGCUUCAACUUCGUCACGCCUCUCUUGAUGAUGACGCCCUCCAAUAUCGUGCGCUGUCAUACGUCUGGGGAGAUACCAAGGAUAAAGUCGAUAUCGAGGUCAACGGCGAACAAUUUUCUGUCGGCGAGAAUCUGCAUGCGCUGCUGCAAAUGCUUCAGCACCACGGCGUGGAAUCCUGGCUCUGGGCCGACGCCAUAUGCAUCCAACAAUCCGAUGAUGACGAAAAGAGUUGGCAUGUCCAGAGCAUGUGUGACAUCUUCAAGAACGCCGAGUUUGUCUAUUCUUGGCUGGGUCCUGGCUCUGAGGCAACCGAUGUCGCUAUGAACUUCUUUUCGGACUGGGGCCCUCGCGCGUUAAAGGUUGGAGUGAUGGAGAAGUUGUGGCCUACAGAUAUCCCCAUGGAUGGCUCAUUCACUUUACGCACCGAAGUAUUCAUGUAUUUGCGCCCUCUCGAACGGUACUUCUUCCCGGAACCGUACUGGCAUCGGAUAUGGAUAUUUCAGGAGGUGGCCUUGGCCCGGGAAGUACUUCUUAUCUGCGGGGAAAAGUUCAUACCGAUUUCAUUCUUCGAAGCGGUGCUAGAAGCCCUCUGGAAAUUUUGUGGUGGACUUUUCACCACGUUCCUCAACGAUUUUCCACUACGGCGCGGGUUCUGUGAGCGGUUCCCUUCCCAUCUUUAUCCAAGCAAGGCUAUGCUCAUUCGUCAAUUACUCUGCCGCGGAACGAAAGUGAGCUUGGGCACCAUUCUUGUGGCUUUCUCCUACCAAACCGAGCGUCCAUGGUAUCGCGCGACUGACCCACGCGAUAUUGUCUAUGGUAUACUCGGCCUCCUUUCCAACGAUGACCGUCGUUCGUUUGGCCAUGUCGACUACAAAAACAUGACAUGGGUUGAUCUAUUUACUCAGGCCACGCGAUCUUUGAUUAAGACGUCUCUCACCUCGUUGACAUUAACGGUUGCUGACGAUGUACUGUAUAAUAUCGGACAUUGUCUGCCCCGUCCAAGAGACCAACCAAGCGAGUUACCGAGCUGGGUCCCCGACUGGCGGGAUGUAGGUGUAAACGGGCUGCGGCAAAGCUUAGAAGCCCUGAGUCUCGCACACCUCGACGCCAGCGAUAGCAGGAAGGAUAACCAUUACCAUAUAUUUUUUGGACAUGGGAAUCCGUCGGCCAUCCUGUUGCCCGGGUAUCGCGUUGAUUUUGUCACCGAUGUAAUGGCGUAUGACUACCAGGCUAGAAGUGUUCGUGAAAGGGAUCGACCAAACGACUGGCUGGUACGCAUUCGUGAUUUUACGGGGUUGCUAGAGAGCUCAGAUAUUGGGAACUUGGAGGGAGAAGACUACGUCUGGCGCUUGGUGAUGGAUUGCCACAACGCAAAUUUUCUCAGGCUAUGGCUGAGGAAACCUAAGUACAAGACAGAGGCUGCUUGCUUUAUCCGCAGGCUCAUGCGCCUGGAUUACCCGGAUCCUCAGACACUCCCAGACUUUCUGGUCAAGCACAUACAGACAUCCGGAGAAUUCAAGGGAUUAUCGAAUUUCAGGAGCUCGAAACGCAUGAAUAAUGCCCCGAUAAGAAAAUCAUCCAACCCGGAUGAUGAUACUUCCCGUGGUGCGACAAGCAUUGUCGACGGGAAGGCGCAGACGAAAAGCGAAUCAGUUGAUCCGGAGUGUGUACCGGAUAGCAUCAGUGAAAGCGACUUGAGAUUUUUCAUGAACGCGAAAAUAAGAGGGCUAUUUCGCUGUUCAAGGUCAAAGAAUUCCACGUUAUUCAAGACGGCUAAAGGAAUGCUGGGCAGCGGGAUCAGGGAUGUUAGACCUGGAGACAUUGUGGUAAUUCUGCAGAACGCCCACACCCCCUUUAUCCUGCGUCCACGCCCACAAGACGGGGAUGAGAUUGCGGCCGACCGCAGAGGCAGUGGAAGAACCUUCACCUUCGGGGGAGAGGCAUGGGUGGACGGUAUCAUCACUUAUUCUACCUCUCAGAUAUCAGGUACCAGCUUCAUGCUUGUGCUUUACGCUUUCAAUGCGACAAACAACAGAGUCGGAAGUCUCAAAAGAUCCAGGACAGAAAAUGCUGGGUUAACGAAAAGAAUCUUCAAGAACAGACAUAAUCAAGUCCAGAAAAUGAGGCAGCCGUCCCCAUGGCAUACCUUCAGUUGUCGCCAUAUCCCAACACUCACAAGCAAGGCUGAAGUUUCCGGGCAGUCACGAUGA